CUGACAGUUUAUCCCGUGAAAACACAGCGGCCGUCAGCGCCGCAGAGAAGACGGGUCGUAUCGGCUGUCGACAGUCAAACUGGCUAACGUUACUAGCCAGCUAGCUCCGCUAACAUACGAGCUAAAUUGUUGCUAGUUAACUUAGCCGGCUACCUAACGGUCACUUCUCUAACCCAGCUGGGACUCGGGCCAAGGACAAAAGACGAGACUGGACACGUUUGCGCUGCAGUCCGAGCCGCACAACGUUGAGGAACACGAGCAGCGACAGGCGUGUUAUCUAAAACACGAACUGUGAAAGUACGGGCGGUUUAUGCGUAGCAGCUAGCUUAGCGACUCGUCUCCGAGUAACGGUGUGAUCGAGAUGUGUUGUGCGAACUGCCGUCGGGUCAAUAAUCCACCGACGGGUCGUUACUCGGACGGUAACGCCACAACAUGAGGACACGGAUUCGACUCGGCAGUUAACGGCUGUAACACAAACAGUGUGAGUGUGCAGUCCUCCCGGCCCGGGAAGGAGAGGCACCAGGGACCAUGAGUGAGAAUGGCCCUCACACGGAGGCGCCCAUGUACUUUGAGGUGGAGGUGGAUCAACUGGAGCGGGACGACGAAGACGAAGACAACAAGCUCCACUUCGUCAAAGACAACGACCUGAUCGCCGAGCCCUCAUCGUCCUCCGGUCGAGUGUACGACCGCACCACGGUGCUCAUUGAGCGGGACCCCAUCCGGCUGGAUGAGGAGGGGGAAGAGGAGCUGCACUGUGGAGGGGACGACGACGGAGUCACCUUCUUGACCGAGGUGGAAGGCGAUGGAGACGAGGAGGAGGGCACUCUGGUCUUCAUGGCCGACCCCGACGGCAUGUCGCAGGGUUACGUGCACCACACCAUUUCUGCAGAUCAGAUCCAGUUCACGAUCAAUCCGGGCUCUACUCCCAUGCCACGCAACAUAGAGGGGGCCACGCUCACUCUGCACUCUGAGUGCCCGGAGACCAAGCUGAGAGAGGUGAAGCGCUACCAGUGCAUGUUUGAGGGCUGCACGCGGACGUACAGUACUGCGGGAAACCUGCGCACACACCAGAAGACUCACCGGGGCGAGUACACAUUCGUGUGUAAUCAACAGGGCUGCGGAAAGGCUUUCCUCACCUCCUACAGUCUCAAGAUCCACGUCCGCGUUCACACCAAGGAGAAGCCGUUUGAGUGCGACGUGCAAGGCUGCGAGAAAGCCUUCAACACUCUUUACAGACUUAAAGCACACCAGAGAAUUCACACAGGCAAGACAUUCAACUGUGAAUCGGAGGGAUGCACAAAGUACUUCACCACGCUCAGCGACCUGAGGAAGCAUAUUCGCACACACACUGGGGAGAAGCCAUUCCGGUGUGACCACGAUGGCUGCGGCAAAGCUUUUGCUGCAAGUCAUCACCUAAAAACACACGUACGGACUCACACAGGGGAGAAGCCGUUCAACUGUCCGAGUGACGGUUGUGUGAAGACUUUCAGCAGCCAGCACAGUCUGAAGAGUCACAUCCGGGGCCACGACAAGGGACAGUCCUUCAGCGUCACCCUCUCUGAAGAUGCAAAUCACUCGCUGUGCCUCAGUGACUUGAGCCUCAUCUCCACAGACUCUGAGCUACGAGAGAACAUCCAUAAUGCUCAAAAUUUGGACCUCAACAAUGUGACCCCUGUGAAAAUCUUUGAGCUCAUGUUCCAGAGUCCGGAAAACAGCGUCAGCCAAGAUGAUUGCCAUCACAACGAGAGCCUUGCCAAACCCUUCAGCAGAGAGACCUCUGCCCAAUCUGGAGUGACCGAUGCCUCGACCCUCAUCUCUUUCACUGUCAACCCCACCUCCUCCUCCUGCUGUUCUUCCCACACAGCUGCUGAUCUGGAGGCUUCUUCCCGGCUCAGAGAGAGCUCUUCCUCUCAGGCCUCCGCCUCCGCAUCGGUCACCGCCGCCGUCGGCUCCGCACAACCUUUCAUGCAAUUAACCGGGCCCCAGCAGGCCUCGGACGUGCCUGCGCAGGCUUCUGUCCCAGCACCGAACCACCACGGCCCCUCCCAGCACUACAUGGCACUGCCGCCCACAUUCCUGCAGCCAGACAAUGUUGCCCAGACCACUCCUCUCCCAGUGCCCACCUCUGCUCCCCCUCCGGUGGCCCCAGCUCUGACCACCACAGUGCCAGGCGCUGCUGCUGCUGCUGUGUCUGUUGUUGCAGCUGCAGCCUCAUCAGAUGCUGUGGCAGCUGUGGCUCAACCUGUGCCUUUGGCCAACAACCCCAUCCCCAACCCUGGCCCCAGUCUGGCUCCCAGCCCGGCCACCAUCACCAUAGCACCCACCCAGAACCUGCUGCAGCCAAGCUUGGUCAUGUCCGACCAGAACCUUCAGUGGAUCCUGAGCAGUGCUGCCAGCCAGCAGAACCCAGAGCAGGCUUCGCAGCAAGGGGCUCCGAAAGUGGAAAAGCUUUUCUUCACUACGGCCAUACCUGUUGGAGGAAAUGCUGGUAAUUCAGUCCAACAGAUCGGCCUCAGCCUGCCUGUCAUCAUCAUCAAACAGGAGGAAUCCUGCCAGUGCCAGUGUGCCUGCAGGGACGCUGCUAAAGACAAGAGUUCAAAGAGUGCCUCCUCCAUCAGCUCAGCCCUGGCACAGCAGCAAGCGCCCAAGCCACCUCUGCCUCCCCCUCCGCCACCACGGCCUCCGGAGCCCCCCCUCCAUCCACCCACAACGUCUCCCUCGCACUGUCUCCCCACGUCUUCCUCAGAGGUGGGCGAAACGAGCCUGGAGGAGGCCGCCCCUUCCUCGUCGUCCUCGGCUCAGACGUUCUCCACGAUGGUGAGCAGCGCCGACCCGCCCGACCCUCCCUCGUCCGACAGUUUAGCUAGUAUGGACAUCUCAGACUUCCUCUCCCUGCAGAGCCCCGAGGCGGCUUCCAGCAUCGAGGCUCUGCUGCUGGUCACCAAGGAAUUCAACAUGGCCACUGAGGGCAAUCCUUAGAAGAGCUGCCUUCUUGUGUGGGGCACCGUAAGUUUUUGUGUGUUGCACCCACUCAUCCACAAGUCAUUGAUUCCAGCCACAUCUCGAGUCGCUGUCCUCGGCGACGCCUCGUCUCUCUCCUCAUAUAUCGCGUGCUCUGAACCCCCUGUACCUGCAGUGCAUUCUGUUCUGUGUGGCAUUGUUCAAACAUUUACUCAAACGGCGAUUUACUUUUCUCUGCGGAGACAUUGCAGUCGUUACGUUUUUAGAAAAAGGAUUAGUUUGCUUAUUGAGAUUUAGCAAUGUUUAUGCUAAUUAAUGCAGGGAAAAGGCAGUAGAUCCUUUUGUUAAAAAAACAUAAUCAAACAGUAAAUAAUAACCCUGAGUGUUGUCCGAGCACUGAUGACUUAAGAGUUCAGUUUUCCCUGGCUUGAAGGUCUCACGCCUGAGCAGGAAAACAAACGUGUCUGUAUAUCCUCGUACUGUACUACAGGUCCUAACAAACGCUUAAAGCUGGUAUGCAACUGACCAGAAUGCACUGUAUAUGAGAAGAAUUAUGCUAUAAUUUUUAUCAAGCAUUAUUUCCAGCAGGAAUUUGAAGGGGUUGUCCACACGGCCCCUCGUAUGGCUGCCGAACGAGAUGAAGUGAUUGCCUCCGUAUUUUUUUUGUUUUGUUUUCUAGGAAGACUUUGCAUAGUCCAGAAAAUGUGAUGAUUCUUAUGUACUUCUUUUGAGUUCUUCACUAACUGAGUGAAGAACCUGUGAUCUGCCUGUCUCAACACAUCAAUAAGUUGCCUAUAACUUAAAUUAAUUUAAAAUUGUACAUGUUAAUUUAUUUAAAUGCUUGAUUCUUUCAUUCAUACUGGUAAUACUAGUAUCUUCAAGAUAGCAGAAAGAAACAAAUCGUAUUAAUUUAUUUCAAUCACUUGUUGUAUUUUUUGUUUUUUAUUGAGCUGUUUUUGUUACUGAAUUGCUUGUCCUUUCGAGAACGUAAUGGGUUUUUGCUCAAAGCAAGUUUGAGGAAAACGGCGCCAAUAGCAGACUGCAGAGCGAAACAAACGAUCCUCAAGGAUCUGCAGAAGAGUUGUCCACAAUGACACAGUAUGGAACAUCCCGUGUUUCAUAGGGUUGUGACCCUCUCAGGGAUGCAUCGAGUCAUAACGGAUCCCGUUUUCCCCCCCCCCAUUUGUUACUCAGACACGCAGCGUCUUGACCACAUAACCCCACACUUGCGGUGGCCCUAUGUCUUUUGCUGCACUCUUCCCUGUUUAUUGCACAGUAACCUGUAAAGUGAGUAACCUGACAUCUUUGUUAGCCGAGGUGCAGCACCACUACAGACUUGUUUUUGUACACAACUGCUGUAAAGUAGCAUUUAGAAAAAAGAUGGUGUCCUGGCGACAGUGUAUAUACAGUACAUUUUAGUGUAAAAAAAGAAAUCUUUGAGAAACUUGUAGAUUGUUCUAGAAUUUGUAUUUUUGUAUAGACUUUUGAACUACUAACUCGCCGAGUUCGGCGCUAAUGUACAACCCCCCCCCAUGACAUUCAUGCAGAAUAUUUGAGUUGUUUCGCUGUAGGUCUAUAAGCAGCCGGGUUUCUGUACAGUCCCUAUAGUAACAAAAAUCUAUGUGUAACACAGCCCCCUGCUCAGAGUGUAAUUUAACAGUAUUGUUUCACACGGGACAUAAUGCAAUGACGAUAGAGCGAAGGCAUUGUGUCCUGUAUACUAGAGUGUCGAGCUACUUGGCCUUAGAGCAGUAACUGUUCGGAGCCUCUUUGCCUUGACGGUCUCUGCUACAGACGUUCCACCGACGCGCCCACGCACUCAUCCUCACCGAGUCUCAGGCACUCGCAUCGAGCAUGAGCUCACACAGGCGAAACUUUGAUCUGUCUCGUUUUCCAGCUGCAAUGUUGUGGAUAUGCAGCUUUUGUAGAGAGAGAGAGAGAGAGACAAAAAAAACAUGUAUACACAGCUACUUAACGGGUGCAGUUGAUGUGAUUCAUUCUAGUUCCACGUUGUAGGACAUUGUUUUCUGUUGUUUUGUUUUCCUAUAAUUUGCAGCGGUGCAGCUUUCCCAUGAUUCACAGGUGCCAAGGCAGCAGUUGGACACACUGUUAAAGGCUCCAAGUCUCAUCUUGUGCUCAACCAUUCCACGUAUGCAGUAUUUGAUAUCAGGAGUGUCCAAAUCUGAAGUUUGCUCCAUUAUUAGAUUGUGAAAUUGUACGAUCGACUCGCCAUUUCCCCGUCGAGCGCGCGGUGACAUUACUGCCAGGAGUCCAGCUCAUGGCAUCAACACACUCACAUGCAUACUGUCAGUGGACACAACUAUGCAAUUUUAAGUGGCAUUCGUAAGUUUAAAUACAGACUCCUGAGACAAAUGUCGUAUUCCUCCCUCAUAACAUUCUGCUAAAACCCUAUAUGCGGAACUCCAGUGGCAAACGUUGCCUUUUCCAAUGCAUAAACAUUAAGCAUGCUUGAAAUCCAUUCUAUUGCAUUUCAGAUUUGGAGUGGUGUGAAUAUGGACUUGUGUUCAAGUACUGUUCCCAUGAAUAUUGCAGCACAGUUAUUAUCCCUUGUUCAUACUGGUUUGCCUCUGAGGUGUCUGGUUUAAAAACUAACUGGAUUCUGUUUGUUUUGGAGGAGUGCUUUGUGAAUUAAUGAUUCUGUUUUAAGAAUUGUUUUUUGGUCAAAUGUAAGCUGUUUUCUUUUUUUUUUACACUAUAUGGGUACAUGUUUCAUUUAGGCUCACUCCUUUUUAUGUAAUAAUCUCAGCCUUUCGGUUAAAAAAAUUGGAUAGUGUGUCACGAUUAAAAGUCAAACAUGCAGCUGAAGAUGACCUGAAAAACGGUCAGCAAAUCACUGAUGGUGACAUUUGUUUAGAAGCAGAUCGUUUGUUCACAAAUGUAAAGCCAGUGUUUUUGUUUUUUGAUCCAGAAUUUUUGCCAUGUCCAACAUCUUUCCAAAUGGGCAAUAUUGAAUAAAAAGAGAGGGAGAGGAAACUAUAUGCUUCCAAAGGAAUGUCUUGACACCCAAAGAGUGAGGAAUUGGUGAGGAUUUGUAUUUUUUUUUAAAGAAUGUAUAAUGUGAAACAUGUUUGCUUAUGCUCAUUUCGUAUACAGUAAUAUGAUAACUUUCUGAAUUGAGAGCAAUAUAAUAAAACCAUAUCCCUGUCACUGUA